GUGUAUGUUCUAGUUGGAGUUUUUCCGGUUUAUUAGGGUUCUUAUAUACAUGUUACCGAUCUAGUUUUUUUUAAAAUCUUCGAUUUGAUACUAGUACAUGGAAAACUGAAUUUCUAGGUUUUUAUCUGAAAUUUUAUGAUAAAUCGUUUAGAUUGGAGUACUAAAACCUGUGAAAUCUUUGUCGUUGUGAAUUCUGACUCUGUUUUACGAACAGAUGACUUGUGCGAGCUCCGAUGACAAUGACAGUGAAAAGGACAAGGACUCGGAGUCUUUCGUGGAGGUCGACCCGACUGGUAGAUACGGUCGGUACGGCGAACUUCUUGGCUCAGGCGCCGUCAAGAAAGUCUACAGAGCCUUUGACCAAGAAGAAGGCAUCGAGGUGGCUUGGAACCAAGUUAAACUGAGAUGUUUUUCCGACGAUCCAGCCAUGACAGAGAGGCUUUACUCGGAGGUCAGGUUGCUUAAGAACCUUAAGAACAGUAACAUCAUCACCCUCUAUAAGGUGUGGAGAGACGAGAGAAACAACACCUUGAACUUCAUCACCGAGAUCUGUACCUCCGGGAACCUCAGAGAGUACCGGAAGAAGCACAGACACGUCUCUAUGAGGGCUUUGAAGAAGUGGUCGAAACAGAUUCUCAAAGGCUUGGAUUAUCUCCACACUCACGAGCCUUGCAUCAUCCACAGAGACCUCAACUGUAGCAAUAUCUUCGUCAAUGGCAACAUCGGCCAGGUCAAGAUUGGUGAUCUAGGUUUAGCUGCAAUUGUGGGGAAGAACCAUUUAGCUCACUCCAUCCUCGGGACACCAGAGUUCAUGGCUCCUGAGCUAUACGAGGAGAACUACACUGAGAUGGUUGACAUUUACUCGUAUGGAAUGUGCGUUUUGGAGCUUGUCGCACUCGAGAUUCCUUAUAGCGAAUGUGAUAGCGUCGCCAAAAUAUACAAAAGGGUGAGCAAUGGCCUCAAACCAGAGGCUCUCAACAAAGUAAAUGAUCCUGAAGCUAAGGCAUUUAUUGAAAAAUGCAUCGCACAGCCGACAGCUAGACCUUCUGCAGCUGAGCUCCUCUGCGACCCGUUCUUUGAUGGGAUAUUAGAUGAUGAUGACGAAGACGGCGAAAACAAUGACAACACUGGAGCUUGUCGUAUUGUUUCUUGAUGAUUGUAUACAAUGACCCUUUGUUAAUUUUUGUCCUAUGGUUGGAGCUGUAAUUUUUUACCGAUUCCAAAUUUCCAACCAUGAGAUACAACAGAAUCUGUAGUUUAAUUUGAAUCUUUGAGAAAGUUUUGUAAAAUUAUAUUGCUUUAUGU